GGCGGGUGAAGCCAUGGGUGCGAUGAGACCAUGGCACGAAGAGGAGAGAGAGAAGAGGAGAGGAGGAGAGAAGAGGAGACAGGACAGGACAGGACAGGAAAGAAGGAAGAGAGGAUCGAGGAUGUGUGGGAAGGUGAAGGAAUACAGCUGGACUUAAAAGGCUCAAGUACCAUGCAGCCAAUCACUGGAGUAUGACACGAACAUGCUGCACUACCAAGAGUGACAACAGGUAGCCAUAGCUUGGGCCAUGCGCGGAUAUCACCGGGAUGCUACAACUUCGCCUCUUUCCAGAAAGCAGACAGGAUCUUACGAGGUCAUCCCGGAGUCAGUGCAGUACCUCUACCGCCUGUACUCCAAGGAGGUGGUGCACUUGACCAAGGAGCUGUGCCUCAAAGAGGAAAAGCUUACCUCCAUCCCACUGGUAAUGAGAAACUUCAAGCAUCUCCACAAGUUGGAUCUGAGCUACAACUUGCUCACCUCUCUUCCUGUCAAGAUUCUUGAUGAGUACUUCCCCCAUCUCACCUCCCUCGAUGUCUCCUACAACCGCCUUGGCUCGAUCGAAGACAUACAGCAGCUCGGAAAGCUCCCCCUCCUCCAGGAGCUGAACGUGCUCGGCAACCCUCUGCUCGCUGUCAACCAGCGCCCUCUGCUCCUGAGCCUCUUGAUCUUCAAUCAGAGUCGUCCGACCCGAGAGCAGCUGGAGGGGAUGCUCGGGUACUCUGACGCCGCUGGGAGGGGUACCACCAAACAGGAUUCCAGCGGUAGCAUCCUGGCCUCAGAGUCGAUCUCGAAGAUGUUGGUUGCUGGACUUCAGCCCGG